AUGCUGUCUAAGUCGAUAAGACGGCCAAUUUGCUCCUACGUCUGUCAAUCGUGCCUGUCAAGAAGCGUUGCGCUCUCUUCUACCGUUAUACGCCGUCACAACCAUGGCACUUUUCCCAUACAACCGGACGCACCCCCCCAGUCCAACAGCGUGGGAGUAAAACCGAACGAGGGAGGAAGCAUUGAAGGAACAGGGAGUGAGAAAUCUCUCGGUGGCAAAAAGAAGGGAAAAGGGAAAGAGAAGGCUGAUGCGAAUAAAGCGAGCAAAUCUACCCAAGAUGCACCAUCGGUACAAUCGGCGAAUACCCAAGUCGUCCCAGAGAUAGAAGAGAAAUCUGCCAAAACGCGAAAGUCAAAGUCGAAGACGAGGAAGAAAAAGGCUGCAGCGCAGACCAAGAAAUUGGCUGGUAACUCGGACGAGAAUAUAAAGAAUAUGAUCCUAAUUCAGCAGAAAUCAAAACUUCGACUGAAAAAGCUUCGACCCAGCAAAGUUAUAGCGGCCCUAAACCUCGCAGCUCAGAAUGGAAAGUCGAAAUCGGGCAAAGCGUCCAAAGGUGGUCUAGAUGAAUUUGCUCCCGUGAGAUCUGCGUCUCCCAAGCUCACAAGCGAGGUUACUCUUGGGGACAUUGAAAUACUUCCCUUGAACACUGAAUCAGAUGAAGUUCCCUCCCUGUCAUAUGGUCUGGAUAGAGUAUUAUUCAACCCUGGCGUUUAUCAAUUACAGGAUCCUCGGACGAUGGUUUAUAACUUUGACCCAUACCUACGCGACAUAAUGCCCGUUUCCGAGUUUGACUUCAAAGCGCUGAAUGACUACAUCACAUCUUCGAAAGAUACCGUGCUCAAGGACAAAGCGAUAGCAGCGGGGAAAAAAUACAUUGGGUCCUCGUCUAGUAUGACCGGUGUGCUUUCACAUUUCCAUUUCUUAUUGUCUGAAUGGCGGGAGCUCAACACGUCGCACCUAUCGAAUUCUUUUCCGGCUACCUCGAAAACCUAUACAAAGCUUUCUCGGCUCCCCGCAGUUGUUUUCCUGAGAUAUAAAGAUGGAGUCUAUGCUGUCGAUGCUGAUAAAGAAUGGGACACGUCCAAUGUGUUGAUGGGACUAGGAAAGUCCAUGGAGAAACUGCUCACUAUCCCCAGAGACCAGUAUGAACGCUACCGGAGGAACAGCCCGGACAAGAUACUGAAAGAGGACUCUCCCCCUGAGGUCUACCACUAUUCGACAUGCGGUGAUUUCUUGAUGAGAUCACAACUUGACGCAUACGAUCCCCGUCUCCCGGGCACUGGUAUGUUCGAUUUGAAGACUCGCGCCGUUGUUUCCAUUCGCAUGGAUGCCAGAGAGCCAUGGAACGCGAUGGGAUAUCAAAUAAAGACACGCCUGGGAGAUUUUGAGUCUUUUGAGCGGGAGUACUAUGAUAUGAUGCGCUCUGCAUUCUUGAAAUAUCAUCUUCAGGUUCGCAUUGGUCGAAUGGAUGGCAUAUUUGUUGCCUUCCAUAACAUCAAACGAAUAUUCGGAUUCCAGUAUAUCAGCUUACCAGAGAUGGACAAGUGUAUCCAUGGUCAAGAGGAUACAGCUCUCGGCGAUGCAGAGUUCAAACUCAGUCUUAAUAUAUGGAAUAAGGUCAUUGACGUGGCUACGGAGGCAUUCCCCAAGCAGUCCCUGAGAUUCCACUUUGAUACCCGUGAAACUCAGAAUCCAUUUAUGUACAUCUUUGCCGAACCCAUGACCGAAGAAGAUAUAACAAAGAUCCAGGAAAGAAACCUUGAUGAAAUCCAGGCUUACGAAAAGAGAGUGUUCUACCCUGAGCUCCUUGAAGCUCAGCAGAAAGAUUCACUGGCUAGUGAAACGGAAAACCCUACCGAGCAAGAACCAGAGUUGAAAGAAUCAGCCUCCGGGGAUGAAAUUGAUCCUGAAAAGCCUUUACUUGCCAUGGCUUUAUCAAUUCGCAAUUUUGUCAACGGCAAUGAAGUGGACAGGCCCACCAAGUUCACUGCCAAUGAUACAUGGACUGUGAAAUACCAGCUUGCUCAUUUUGGCAAAGAACGAGGAUGGACUCUGUAUAAUGCAUGCAAGAAACGGCGGUCAAGAUUCCUUGGAGCUCUAGAGGACGAUGAAGCACCGAACUCGGCCUUUAAAGAGAGAUUGAACGCGAUCAGCAAGGACGGUCAGAAAUGGAGAGACGAGAUGGAUAAAAUCGAGAAAGCAAAGGGUAUUAUUCAAUACCAGGGCUAG